CCCUAAUGUGCAGUUAGACCAGUAUUGAAAAGCACAUAUUCAUAGUAUUUUUAAUAAGUUUGUAAUGAAAUCAGUAUUUUGGCGCAUUUAGCAAACGGUCGUUCUUGUCUCAGUUUCCAAAAUUGUUUAAACAAACAAAUACUAAAAUAGCUCCUGUCCGCUGUAAACAAAGGCCGCGAAACGCGAGUGCAGUUGUCGUGAGCAGCAACUAUACAACGACAAUAUGGCUGGUUUCGUUGCGGUGCAUACAGGAGCUGGAAAUUGCAUCGAUGAAUCAAAAUACCAACGCGUCAUCAAAGAGGCAUGCAUACGAGCUACAGAAAUUCUGCGAAACGGCGGCAGCGCUAUCGAUGCUUGCGAGGCGGCGAUAAUGCGCCUGGAGAACUGUGGUCACACUAACGCCGGCUUUGGCUCCAAUCUCUGCUUAGACGGCUCGGUGCAGUGCGAUGCAGCCAUAAUGAAUGGAACCACUCUCAACUUUGGGGCAUGCACAAAUGUCAGUCGAGUAAAGAAUCCUAUACAGCUGGCGCGUCGCAUUUGUGACGCCCAAUCAGAUCAUCAGCCACUGGAACGCAUUCCGCCCAUGGUGCUGGCAGCCAGCGGUGCAGAGCAGUAUGCCGAGCAAGUGGGCUGUACUAUGGUUGAUCCCAAUGUGCUGAUCUCAUCGAAAGCGAAAUUCCAUUAUAAUCAUUAUAAGAGCAAAUACGAUCUAGUUGUCGGCGACAGCAAAACAGUCGAAGCUGCCGAGGCUGUUCCCGAGCCGAGCAACGAGGUGGAGCUAGCUGCCGCCUUGGACACCGUUGGCGCUGUGUGUGUCGAUGGUGCUGGGAAUACUGCAGCCGGCUGCAGUUCCGGUGGCAUUCUACUCAAGGUGCCUGGUCGUGUUGGUCAGGCGGCAACCUAUGGCGCUGGCUGCUGGGCCACCGACACGGAUGAGUUGGCCAUUGCUACGUGCACGACGGGCAAUGGAGAGUACCUGAUGAAGACACUGCUUGCCCGCGAGAUAUGCAAUGGCGCUUUUAGUAGUGAUUGCGCCGUGACCAGCCUGCACAAGACAUUCAAGCAAAAGUUCUUGGACUCACCACUGCUGCCGCAACAGCAGGAUCUCUAUGCGGGGGCACUCACACUGUUGUACUAUCCCAAGCAGAGCUGUGGCGAGGUGAUGUGGAGCCAUACGACGCAAUCAUUCUGUGUCGGCUACAUGGCGACCACGCAAAAAGUGCCAAAGUUCGUACACUCUCCGUUGCCCACGUACAGUGUGCCAGGCAGAUCGUGCGUUGUCAAUGGCCAUAAUUUCCAUUUGCGCAUUUAGUUUGAGGCUAGCCAAAUAGCCUCAGCCAAGAGCCAACAACCAACAGCCGACAGACGACAGCCUGUUCUGUCCCAGACACAGGUCCGCCUGUGCGCCACCUUCAUCGUCAUCUCUUCUGCCAACUCAUUUGAUUUAAUAUUUAAUUGCCCCAACAAACACUGUCAAUGCAGGCGCGCCGCCUUUUGCCCAACCAGCGAACCGACAAAGCCAGCCAGGUUGCAGCCACCACCGAAACCAACACUCAAACCAAAAUCAACAACGACAAUGACAACAAUUCAUAUUGCUUCUGUCUCGAUGAAAUAUUAAGAAUCAUUAAAUGGCAACUUUUCAUUGUAUAUCACUAUGUAUGUAUGUAUGUAAAUAGUGUUCAUGUUUCUGUGUGUACGCCACAACUAGCAAUAAAAUAAGAUUAUUUUGCA